AUGGAGUACAACGCGCAUUCACACAUCUCCAUCGCUACAUCAGCCAACAAGGAGCAGCAGCCAUGGUCGGAAGCGGAUGUCUGUGGAAGAGAGGAGUUAUCGCACUGGGACAAGCAGCAAGAAAYCAUCAAGAGGAUCGACUAUCAUCACGCCAAGUGGAUCGAGGCAUGCAAUGACCUACAAGUGCUCAACUCGCCCCCCGAAGAAGCCGAGCGAUCGCCUUCCGCCGACUCCGGUAUAUCGAUGAGCAGCCCUCCGAAGCCAUCCUUUAUGAGGCCUACGCAAGCAUUCAAGCACAAGACACUUACGGAUACGCCACUCGAACUGAUCAACUGUUCAUCCGGUCUCACUGCCGCAGGUGACUCGAGUCCGAAAAAAUCACGAUUUCAGCCUCGAGAGAAGCACAUCAGAGACGAGAGUAUUAUGAGGGAUACUGAGGCCUCGCGUCUUAAGAAGCUCUCUUCUCACGGCAAAUCUCCACUCCAGCGGACUGGAGGAGCCUGCGACGACCAGAGCUGGCGAGAUCUUGGGAUUGAAUUCACGGAAACCUGGAUCUCCUCCGACAGUAAGCGUAGCAGCGACUCGGACGAAUACGGGAACCAAAAGCCAAAGAAGUGUUCCGACUGCGAAGCGCGCGCUGCAGCCGAAUGCGCUGAAUGCAAGGAUCGAGUGAAAGCUGGGUUCAGACCCUUUUGCUCGAAAUGCUAUGCUCAGGAGCUGGAGUACGCCGAUCUGCUCGCCAGGACUCGACCCGUUAAAAACAUGCCAGAAGCACCAGAGGAGAAUCGAGGUCCGAUUCCUUACGACAUCCAGCUCGACUAUCAGCAACGAUGCGAGCACCUCGCCAAAGAAGCUCUUUGGCUCGCUCUCCGCGAGCACUGGCCCGAGCAUCAACAGGAGAAAUUCCCCGAAAGCCCAGAACAGAUCAGAUUUGGGUUCACGGAGCUCUACGAAGACGGUUUCGGCGAUUCGAACUACCCAAAUCAGUGCCUCGAUUUGUGUGGGCAGACACGAUACACCAUUUGGUCUGCAUUGGUUCGCAUGAUAGAUUUGCGCAACUGCAUUGCACACCGACAGUACUGUUCGACGGCCAAACUGAGCGGUUUGAUGGAACGUGCACGGGUGCUGAUAGUUGCCGUCGGAAACGAGGAGCUUGCCAUGGAGGUCAAAGUCAUGAUGGAAGAGGUCGAGGAGCUUUCCAAGGCUUCGGGCGCUGAGAUUGCGAGCAAUUACCAGAUGGUCCUUCGUGGCGAAGACGUAAAGUGGAAAAUCUACCAUCAGAACUUCUUCUUCCGCAGUUGGAUUCUCAAGGACUUGCCGGGAGUCAUUGGUCAAGCGGCAAACGCCUGGCGAUCCAUCAACAGGAUUGUUGGCGAAGAUGAGGAUUUCGCUGCGAGGGUCAAGAAGGUGAAAAGUUGGACGUAUUGGAAAUACUGCGAUCGAGAGGUUGCAGAGAAGAGCUGCUACGCCGAUCGCGUUGAUGGUGAUAGCGCUGCUGGAGCGAUCGUCCAGGAGUUGCCUGAGGACACAGCUGGAGAGGUGGAUGGGUCGAGCAGAGCUGGUGAGAUCGGCGUGCUCGUGAAGGACGACUGCCAACAUAGCAGCACUCCUACCCUCUCGCAGACCAAACGGGAGGUCAAGGAAGUCCCGAUGUGGCCUGAGACCAAUCGAUCGACUUAUGGAAUUUGA